GCUUUAGCAAGUUGUUCGUGCUUCCAAAUUUUUUUGCAAAAGGCUAUAGAGGAAUGUGAAAGGUCGGCUGAUGAGGAUUUAGUUGAUAGUAUGCCACUUGCAGUUGCUUUAGCUUCGUUAUUCGAAGAAUUAUGUGUAGUUGGUGAAGGAAGAGUAGCGUUGAGUCCUCGGACAGUAAUGCUUGCAAUCGCUCAUUACAUUCCCAGUUUCAAUCUCACUGCCCAGCAGGAUGCAGCCGAGGCUUUUCUUCAUAUCCUGUCCUCUUUAAGAGAAGAAUUUACGGGGUGUUAUGAUCCAAGAAACCCUUCUUUGUUGGAAUUAUGUUCUUCGAGUUGCAGGAUUAUUACACCAAAGAGGGGGGAGGUCUUGAGCAAGCAAGAAAUGUGGCAGCGAGCUUUUGUUGGACCAUUUGAUGGGGUUCUUGGUAGCAUCUUAACUUGUCAAAGUUGUUCAUCUCAG